UGAAUGUAAUAGUGUGAAGCUCUCAGGCUGGCUGUGUACACACACUCCACACUCUUCUCUCAUAGACACAUGCCAGGUAGCUGCUGGGUGUAUGUCUGCACCAUACUACACAUCGCCCGACAAGCUGCAUCCACACACCAUGAUGAACGGCUUCCCCUCCGAGGACUUAGCCCGGGAUAGCGGGGGAGAGGUCACCUCCCCGACAGCUGCCAUCCCCGCCGGGGCUCUGGGUCCCCUCAACGGGCAACUGUGCUGUCUGCGGGACGAGGGGGAGCGCUGCACCCGGCCUGCGGGCAAUGCCAGCUUCAGCAAGAGGAUCCAGAAGAGCAUCUCCCAGAAGAAAGUCAAGAUCGACCUGGACAAGACGGCAAGGCAUCUUUAUAUUUGUGACUUCCACAAGAACUUAAUUCAGAGUGUAAGGAACAGACGGAAACGGAAGGGUAGUGAUGAUGACGAGGGGGACUCCCCAGUCCAUGACACUGAUACUCCCGAGGUGGACCUUUUCCAGUUGCAAGUAAACACAUUAAGAAGAUAUAAGAGGCAUUUCAAACUACAAGCACGGCCUGGACUGAAUAAAGCACAGCUUGUUGAAAUAAUUGGAGGCCAUUUCAGAACACUUCCAGUGAAUGAAAAGGACACACUAACAUAUUUUAUCUGCUCGGUGAAGAACGAAAAAAACAAAGCAGAUCACAAAUCAGAUGGGGGACUCCACUAGAGAAAAUCAGACAUUUUAUGGACAGUUUUGAGUUUGCGCGAGGCCUUGGAAUGGAAGGACAGUUGUAAAUAAUUUUCAGUGUUAUUUUAGUGCUUUCUGUGGAAAGGUUAUUCAUUGUCUCAUCUAAAAAUGUAUCUCUACUUCCGAAGCCUGUAGUUGAGAAAUGUCACUUUUCAUGACAUAUAAUCUAUCAUAAACCUGUUUUUUUUUUACCUGGUAGGCAGUACUUUAAGGUGGAAGGUAAACUAGAACUAUAUACCAAGCUUUAUAUAUAUUUUUUUUCAUUUUGGAUAGAGUGAUUAAGGGUUAUAACCACUGUCAGAUUUAUUUUUAUUUAUUUUUUUGUCAUCUGUGUCCCAUUGGAGAGAUUUCCCUUGACUUCAUGUCCAAUAGCCACAACAGGAAGCAAUAACAAAUCCCUACAAAUUAUGGGAAUCCCUUGGGGCACCCCAGGUCGCCAGAACUAGUGUCCACAUUGGAAAAUUUCCUCUCUAUUAUGUUUCUGGGGAUAACCCAAAAUGUAAGAUUUUCUUUUACUUUCAGUGUGAAUGAUGAUGGUAAACAUGACAAAUGGAGAGGUUGAAUCUUUCUAACGAGGGCACAGGCAGGAAUAAAAACCUAAUGGGUGUUCUAAUCCAUCCCCACUCUCCAAGACUAUAAAAAAAUGUUUUGCCUUUUAGUUCUAUUUUGACUUCCAAAACUUUAUGUAUAAUAUACAUCUGGAACAUGUGUUGCUGGACCUCAUGUAGGAACAGUAUCUGCGCCAUCAUGCCAUUUCUCUUGCUGUUCCGUCUAACACCACGUCUGCUUAGAGGCUGUUGCAGGCAGUUUAUAGCUCCCUCUCUCAUACCACAGCUGUCUAGUAAUCCUUAGAUAGCAGCUGUGAGACUGUAAAAAAUUGACUUGACUUCAGAAGUUAGAUGUACAAUGCCUGUCUAACAAAUAUACCCAAAACACAAUGAAAUCCCCUUUUUCUAUAGGCCAGAAUGACCGUUUACUUUUAUAUCCUAGAUUUGUGAGCUGUCAACCAAAAGAAAAAAUAAUUACAGCCUAUUGGCUAAGAGAAUAUUUUAUCUGGACAAACUUCUGAAGGAGAAGCAGGUUUUUACAUAGUUUCACAGCUGCUAUCUAAAGAUUUCUAGAGAUCCCUUUCACACCUGAGCGUUCUGAAGCAUCAUUUGAAGCUUCACAAAAAAGCACUUCAGUGCUUGACACUAGGAGUUCUAUUUUAUUCAAUGGUGCCUGUUUACACUUGAGUGUAGUGUAAAAAAAAUUAAAAAGCCAGCAACUUCCGCAAUUGAUAAAUUUAUUGUAGCAGUUGAAGUACAAAAUAAUACAAGGUCUUGCGUGUUUCAACGUGUAGCCUUGUUCAUAGCAAUAGAAUAUUGUGUAGUGUGUCUUGAAGCUUAUCUCUCAAAACUUCUGUUGGGAAGAGUCGUGUGUUUUGACCCCAAUAGCAUUCAAUGGGAACGCUUGAAAAAUGUGCAUAACAUGCAUUUUGCAGACGUUAUCUAGCGUUUUAUUGGCUAAAAAAAUAAAAAAAACAAUAUUAAAAAUGCUGAAGCAUGUCCAAAAAUGCUUGCACAAAUGCUAAAAAACAUGACCAAAGUCGCACAACUAAAAUGUAAAUUGUUCCAGAGAGCUGUGACAGGAAAGAAGGAGCAGUAGGAAACUUACAACAGCGCUGUGCACAAGUACUGUUACUAAGGGUCAUUUUAAAGCCGUUUUUUUCAUUUAAUUUUUUUUUACUUUUUAGCACUUUUAUACAUUAGGCCCACUAUAUUCUAUAGUAUAUACAGUAGUAAAAGGCUGUGUCCAGACCGGCACAUUGGAAGAUGGAAUACAAAUGUAUAAAGAUGUAUCAUCUUGCUAUUUUCAAAAGGACCUUUUGAAAUAUAAUAAUUUUAGUUGGUUUAAUAUAAAUGAUUUGAUUUUCUAUUAAACUUUAUUUGACCAAAAAUGCUUACUUUCCAAGCACCAGAUGACCGUACUCUCAGAUUGACCCUACAGUAUGAACUUGGGUAGUAGGGGUGUCUUGCAAUGGUUAUUGUGAUGCUGACUCUCGCCUAAUAGUAAAGCCAGCUAUUUCUUUGGAAAGGGGCAGCUACGUACAAAACAAAAUAUAACUUGUUUAAACCUAAUUGAUGAAUAAGGCGUGAGUGACAGUAUGGUAGCUCGCAAGUGUUCCAUAAGACCUAAUACAAGAUUCCUUCACAAUAGCAGCCUAGGGCUGCAUUUCCAGCACAUGAAAUGCAGGGCAGUAUUUUAUAGAUUUGCCAGCACUGUGCUGUUAUGAGUCCCUUAAAGUGGUUGUAAAGGUUAUUUUUUUUUUUUAAAUAACAAACCUGUCAUACUUGCCUCCACUGUGCAGUUAGUUUUGCACAGAGUGGCCCCGAUAUUGCUGCUCUGGGGUCCCACGGCGGCUCUCGUGGCUCCUCCUCGCAAUAGCUAACUCCCUCUGCGAAGCUGUCUCCCGAGUGGGUUACCUUGCGGGCGCGCUCCCGUGUCAUACAGUCGGCUUUCAUAGACAGAGUUUAUGACUCGGCCCCGCUCCCGGCAGCCGCGCCAUUGGAUUUGAUUGACAGCAGCGGGAGCCAAUGUCAUGGGAUGCAUUAAGGUGAAAAAAGCAUGAACCCUUACAACCCCUUUAUAAGACGUGGUCUGCUUCUCCACAAUGUCUCAGUUGUUUUUUUUUAUGCAUGAAUACACAGAGAACAGUUGUAGGAGCACUGGUUCCUACACCACAAAUGGUAGCAAUCACAUUUAAUGUGUGCCCCACAGUAAAACUGAUUUUAUGAAAGCUCAAGAAAAAAGUAGACUUGUUUGAAGGCCUAACUGAGAGUUAUUGGCAAAUACUACUGCUGUUUGCAGCUAGGCGGUGUUUGGCGGAUUUAUUUUUAUAUAUGAUGGUGAGGAGUACUAAUAGAAAUGGAAGGAGUUUAGUAAGGAGGAGAAAUUAUGCCAUCUAGCGUGGUCUUAUUUCAACAAGACAAGGAGCAGUAACCAUAGCAAC